AUGACCGAAGAUAAUUUCGGCUUCACGCCCAGCGAACAGCGCCGAAUUAUCAACAAGAUAGAUCGGCGGUUAAUCACAGGGUUGGGAAUUCUCCUCGCUGUGAGCUUGAUGGAUCGGACAAAUCUGGGCAAUGCUUCGAUUGCAGGUGUUAUUGGUGGCUCACUUUCCGGCGUCCUGGCCUAUGCCUUUAUCCAAAUGGCUGGUCUAGGGAAUCUGUCCGCGUGGAGGUGGAUCUUUAUCAUGGAGGGUAUUCUCACCUGUGUCCUCGCGGUGAUUGGAUUUCUCCUCCUGAUCCAUAUUACCUCUAGAUGCAGCACAGUCGUAUCCUACGCUAUUGCGUUCUUCCUACCUAUAAUCCUGACUAGCAAGCUUCGUUUUCACAGUGGGACGUCGCAGGCACUCGGCACACCCCCAUACGUUUUCGCCGGCAUCAUGAUGUACCUCGAAGGGUGGAUCUGUGACAAAUGGCAAUUACGGAGCCCAAUCAUUAUCUAUAACGCUUUGCAGACUAUUGUUGGCCUGUGUAUUCUCGAAUGGGUGGCCUCGCCGGGUGUUCAGUACUUUGGCAUCUUCCUCGUCGCGUCAGGCUCCAAUGCUAAUAUACCAGCGGUUCUCGCUUGGCAAGCAAACAACAUCCGCGGGCAGUGGAGACGUGCUUUCUGUAGUGCAAGCAUAAUUACCUGUGGAGGAACGGGAGGAAUCAUCGGAUCGGUCGUGUAUCGGACCCAGGACGCACCAGCAUUCUUCCCAGGAGUUGAAUAUCUUGAUUAUCAUCUUGGCAGCGGCAUUGGCGAUUUAUUUUCGCACUGCGAAUAA